CUUGGGGUCGUCGCGAUGGCGACGUUCGUGACGGUGCAGCUGAAGAAGGCGGCCGAGGUGGACGUGGCGCGGCCGCUGAGCAAGUUCAUCCAGCAGACGUACCCGGCGGGCGGCGAGGAGGCGGUGCAGUUCGGCAAGGCCGCCGAGGAGCUGAACCGCCUGCGCCGGGCCGCGCUCGGCCGCCCGCUGGACCGCCACGACGCGGCGCUGGACGCGCUGCUGCGGUAUUAUGAUCAGAUUUGUUCCAUUGAGCCAAAAUUCCCAUUUUCUGAAAACCAGAUCUGCUUGACCUUUACCUGGAAGGAUGCUUUUGACAAAGGAUCGCUUUUUGGAGGAUCUGUAAAACUGGCUCUUGCAAGUUUAGGCUAUGAAAAGACAUGUGUGUUAUUCAACUGUGCGGCAUUAGCGAGCCAGAUUGCAGCAGACCAGAAUCUGGAUAACGAUGAAGGAUUGAAAGUCGCUGCUAAGCAUUAUCAGUUUGCUAGCGGUGCCUUCUUGCACAUCAAGGAGACUGUUUUGUCUGCGCUGAAUCGAGAGCCUACCGCCGACAUAGCUCCAGAUACCACAGGCACCUUGAGUGUCAUCAUGCUGGCCCAAGCCCAAGAAGUGUUCUUUCUCAAAGCCACAAGAGAUAAAAUGAAAGAUGCCGUCAUAGCAAAAUUGGCCAAUCAAGCUGCUGAUUAUUAUGGCGAUGCGUUCAAGCAGUGUCAGUACAAGGACAUCCUUCCCAAGGAGGUGUUCCCUGUCCUGGCUGCGAAGCACUGUGUGAUGCAGGCCCAUGCCGAAUACCACCAGGCGGUGCUAGCCAAGCAGCAGAAGAGAUUUGGGGAGGAGAUUGCCAGGCUGCAGCAUGCAGCAGAGUUGAUCAAAACUGUGGCGUCUCGGUAUGAUGAGUAUAUCAGCGUGAAGGAUUUUUCUGACAAAAUCAGCCGUGCCCUUACAGCAGCAAAGAAGGACAAUGACUUCAUUUAUCAUGACCGGGUUCCAGACCUUAAAGACCUGGAGCCUAUUGGCAAAGUCACUCUUGUGAAGCCUACGCUCAUCCACGUGCCUCUCAGUCAGAAAUUCACUGACCUGUUUGAGAAGAUGGUCCCGGUGGCCGUGCAGCAGUCUUUGGCUUGCUCUAAUCAGAGGAAGGCCGAUCUGGUGAACAGGUUAAUUGCCCAAAUGAGAGAAUCCACCAACUUGGCCAACGGGGUCUUGGCUUCCCUCAAUCUGCCUGCAGCAAUCGAAGAUAUAUCUGGGGAUACUGUCCCUCAGUCUAUUUUGGGGAAGUCAGCUUCGGUGAUCGAACAGGGAGGAAUCCACACGGUCGACCAGUUGAUCCAAGAUCUGCCUGAACUGCUGCAGAGAAAUCGAGAAAUCCUUGAUGAGUCGUUGAGAUUGUUGACCGAAGAGGAAGCCACUGACAAUGAGCUGAAAGCAAAAUUCAAGGAGCGCUGGCAGAGGACACCAUCCAGUGAGCUCUACAAGCCUCUGAGGGCAGAGGGGGCCAAUUUCAAGGCUGUGCUGGACAAGGCCGUCCAGGCUGACGGACAGGUCAGAGAGCGUUAUCAGUCUCACCGGGACACCAUCGCCCUGCUGUGCAAGCCUGAGCCCGAGCUGAACGCGGCCAUCCCCUCUGCAAAUCCGGCUAAGACGAUGCAGGGCAGUGAGGUGGUGAACGUGCUGAAAUCCCUGCUGGCCAGCCUGGACGACGUGAAGAAGGACCGUGAGCGUUUGGAAAACGACCUCAAGUCUGUGACCUUUGACAUGAGAAGCAAGUUUCUGUCGGCCUUGGCGCAGGAUGGUGCCGUAAAUGAAGAGGCCCUCUCUGUUACAGAACUGGACCGCGUCUAUGGGGGCCUCACGAGCAAAGUUCAGGAAUCCCUGAAGAAACAGGAAGAGCUCCUGAAAAGCGUUCAGGUUUCACAUCAGGAGUUUUCCAAGAUGAAACAGUCCAACAAUGAGGCCAAUCUGCGAGAAGAGGUCUUGAAGAAUCUGGCAGUAGCCUAUGACAACUUUGUGGAGCUUGUGGCCAAUCUGAAAGAAGGCACAAAGUUUUAUAACGAGCUGACGGAGAUCCUGGUGAAGUUUCAGAACAAAUGUAGCGACAUCGUGUUUGCCCGCAAGACGGAGAGGGAUGAGCUCCUUAAGGAUUUGCAGCAGAGCAUCGCCCGGGAGCCCAGUGCCCCGUCUCUCCCGGCCCCUGCCUAUCAGACCUCUCCUGCGGCUGGGGGAAACGUACCCCCUCCUACGCCAGCGCCCAGGACCAUGCUGCCUUCUAAGCCCCAGCCCCCAGCCCGCCCUCCGCCUCCAGUGAUCUCAGCCAGUCGCACUGCAUCUUCAUCCGUGUCUGGGACUCCUGCUUCAGCUCCAGCUCCGUCCCCGACACCCGGGCUCCCUGCAUCAGGCACAGCCCCCAGUGCGGCCCCAUCUCAGGCCCAGGGGCCACCGUACCCCACCUAUCCGGGAUACCCGGGGUACUGCCAGAUGCCGAUGCCCAUGGGGUAUAACCCUUACAUGUAUGGCCAGUACACCCUGCCUUAUCCUCCCGUGUACCCGCAGAACCCUGGGCAGGCGCCCUACCCAGGACCUCAGCAACCUCAGUACCCAUUCCCUCAGGCUCCCCAGCAGCCUCACUACCCCCAGCAGUAGGGCGGCGGAGCAGAGGCUUGGCUUAAGGUUAGGGGGAAACGCGCAAUAAGCCUUCUACAGAUUAGCUCCCCUGACGUACUGUACUGUAUCCUUUGGACCCGUUCGUGUUUCCAAGGCCCCGUCGGAUUGCCCUGCUGGGGUCCACAGCAUGGGACAGAGGCUAGACCUGACUGGCAGUUUGUUGGGGGUGGAGGGAGAAAGGAAAUUGGAGCUGGAGGUAGUCCAGGGCAGGGUGAAGCCAGGGCAUGAGCUGGGCGGAGGAGAGGGCUGAAUACACGGGGUCGUCUUCGGGUUUGCAUUUUUGAUUUAGUUUUCAGUAUGCUAUUUUGUGAAAUAAUCAAAGGCUUGUAAAUCUUAUAACUUACAAAUAAAUGACUAAACUGGGUUUUUA